AAGUCAAAUUUUGAAACUUUUUUAGGUUAGAAUUAAAAAAAAUAAUUUAUAAAUAUAUUGUGAUUAUAGAUAUCACUUUUAAUAUAAGAAAACGUAAACACUGUAAUUUAUUUAUUAUUUCUUACACCAUGAGUAAUAUAUCAACAGUACUGCUGAAAAGAUUGAAAAACUUGAAACAAGCAAAUUACGUAUCAUCUUUGUUAUGUCGUAACUUUUCCCAGUCGGCAGAAGUGGAUGAAAAAAUUGAAAUACCCAAGAGAAUUCCCAGGGGACCGACAGACAUUUUAAGGGCCUUAGAAAGUACCAUAUCUCGCGACCCAACAGCAGCACAUUACAAAUACCAUGAUGACCCCUAUCUCAUACCAAUGUCAAACGUUGGUAAACGUACUUUUGCUAUGGCUCAAGAAGCAGGAAGAAAAGCUGCACAUUGGAUUAGACAAGAACAUGCUGACGUUUUCAACCACAGAGAGGCAGAUCCUGUAAUCAAAGCUUUUUUACCUCGAGUUGUAUAUAAUGAAAACAGUGAAGUUACCGAGGAUGACCUGAAACAAGUUAUAGAAGAUGUUCAGGUGGCCGAUGCCUAUUUUGUCUAUAAACUAUUGAAAAGCAAGGGAGUAGAGAUUUCAAAGAAGACUGAACAGGAUUUGCUGGAGUUACUUUGUUAUUUUAACAGUGAAAAUACACUGUCGGAGGAGUUUAUUGAGGAACGGUGGUUUAAGCAAAGUUCCCGUUCCAAGGAACGCCAACGAAAAACUUGGAAGGACGGUAGUCUUGCUGAAGAAGUAUUCAUCAGUAUAGAGAAUCCUACAGGUGAAACAUAUUCAGCAAUUAUUCAAGGCAUGAGUAAGCACUUUCAAGUUGACAGGGCUCAUCAGUUGUUCGAGGAGGCCCAGGAAAAAGGCAUUGUAUUAAGUACGAACACUUACAACUGUUUAAUACGUGUAGUAAAUUUCUUGAAAGAAAGUUACGACUUGAGAUGGAAUUUAGUAGUCGAAUUGCUUUCUGGAAUGAAUAAUGCUGGACUUCGACCGAAUUUAGGUACCCUGAAUGCUGUUUUACAAGCUCUUAGUACCAUGGGUGGUGGCAAAAUAGCAAAAGAUAAUGCCUUAAAAACCCUCAGAGAAUUUAAAGAUCUCGGUAUCGAACCGUCAUUAGCGUCGUACUAUUACGUUCUGAUAACGUUUUGCAAGGAACGUGGCCCCAAGAGCACAAUUCUUUACGAUAUCAUGACGCAGGUCGAAAAUAAACAACACAAGAUAAGGGAUUUAAACGAUACUAAUUUCUUCAUCAGCGCUAUGGAUGUAUGUAGGAACCACUUGAACGAUAUAGAACUGGCUAAGAGAAUCGACAAACUUCUUCACUUCGGCAACAAUUACGAUCUCAUCGGUGAUUCUUACAAAGAGUCAAUUUACUAUCGCCACUAUUUCAUUCUCUUGGUUACUUAUUUACCUCUAGAAGAAUUUAUGUUGGAAGUGUAUGAGAAACUGGUACCUAAUAUUUACGUACCGGAACCCAGCGUUAUGGGAGAAGUUUUGAAGCAGGUGGAUUUGAAUGGCGCCGUCGAGUAUGUGCCUAAAUUGUGGUCUGACAUGACGGUAUUCGAUCAUACAGGAAGGGAGAAUCUUGUAGGUAUGAUGUUGAAUAUUAUGGUAAACAACGGACCAGCUCCCAAUCCGGAAUUGAAGGAAAGGUUUUCUUAUGUCGCUUGGGAAAUUUACAAUAAAAUCGAGGGUCAGGACGAGAAUAAAUUCAAUAAGAUAAUUUGGACUGGAGAGCUCCUGGGAAAAAUUAUGACACUUGUCUUGCAAAAUAACGAGUUUAGCAAGGCAUGCCAAGUAAUGGAAAAAUUAGAUAAAGGCCAUGGUAGUAUUGUGGGAGUUCCUAAAUUUGAAGAUCUUUCUUUAUUUGUAGACAAAUGCAUUGAGGACAAAGCCCCUAGCCGAGCAAUUACAUGUAUUCAGUAUUGUGCCGAUAACGGUUUUCCAGACGCAAAAGCUUUAGCGGCAAAACUGGAUGAAAAGCUUACAUUGACCGAGGAACAUUUAAAAGACCUUUCCAAAAUUGUUGGGAACUCUGAACUUGCUAGUAAAUCAAGUGUAGCUGUAGAUUAAAUGUGUAUUUUUUCAUGUAACAGUUUUUUUUUUACUUACAAUGCUUUAUUAUAUUAUUUUUUAAGUGUUUUUAGAAAUGUACUUAUUUAAGU